AAAAAUUGAAACCACGGUCUUACACUCUCAACGUCCCACCAUAAUUAAAAAUUAAAAAUAAAUAAAUAAAAAGAAGAAAGAAAGAGAGAAAGAAAAAUCAGAUUUUUCUGGCCCUGGGCUAUCCAUUUUGCUUCUUCUAGCUCGAACAUCGGCACCGCGAAUUCAGGACUUCACAUAAACCUGAAAAGAAGAACAAAACAGAAUAGAAAAGUAAGAAAGAAAAAUAGCCCUUUGUUGGAGUCCAGAGAAUGGCAAUGGCGUCAUGGAACAGUAGCCUUGGUUCGUAUCAAAAGCAGACGAUGGCGUUUGAGAUUUCGUGCAGGAAGAGAGACAGAGAAAGAGACAGAGAACGGGGUAGCAUCCAUCCGUACAAAGUGGUUGAGAUUACUCCUCCGCCCAAAUGUCUUGGCGUUCGUUGCCUUCCUCCUUUCUUGCAGAAGAAGAAAUCAUGUGCUGUUCAAAACUAUUUCCGAAGCCGUGUAGACAGUUAUGUGCUGUCAUGAUUAAAAUCUACCUUAUGAGACUUUGCUCAGAGAGUUGUGCUGUUGGAAAUUGGAAUCACUUCUAAUAAUUCCCAUUCUAAGCCGUUAAGGUAAGAGUUAGGAUAGUUGCUACUCGAAGUUUAACUGUCAAUUAUACUCCCACCUUUUUAUAAAAGGUCUAGCAACAAGUUCAUCAAAGACACUACUAGCAUGAUGUUUAUCCAGUUAGGCUUGGAUGAUAGUGAAUUAGUAAGAGCCAAAAUUAACACCGGAUGCGGUGAUGACGAAUAAUGGAGUGAAUUCAAGCAUCAUGAAUGCCCCUUUGACAAUGUUAGAAAAGUGCACAGUGCACACCAUGGUCACAUGGUUUAGGGAGGAUGCUAGGAUGAAGAGUCCGUCCUUGGUUGAGGGGCACAAGGUGUGAUGUGCCAUGGUAGAUACUAGAGCAAGUGUCGAUGAUAUUUAUUGGGCAGCCAUUAGGAUGCUUGGCAUCCUGAAUGAGUGCUCAUGAACUAGAUAUGUGAUAAGUGAGUCCAAUAAAGAAUUUGUAAGAUAUCCCUAGGGUAGCAUUGGAUAACUGGUAUAUGUUUGCUUAAGUUUUAAAAUAAACUUUAAUUUCUGAUCGUCA